CACUUCGUUUUGACAAGUAUCGACGUCGACGCAAAUUAAGUUCUGUCAAUGUCGAGCUUCGGGUGUGUGCGUGUGCAAAAUAUAAAAGUUGGUUGAAAAAAUUUGUUUUCUUUAGUUUUUGGGUAAUAAAACCGAUUUUACAAAACUCAAAAUGUACAUUCAACUAAAGAACUGUUCAAAAUCGUUCAAUGAUAUAUGUAAGUCAUCUGCGUCUAAAAAACAGUGCAGACAAUAAAAAAAAACCUAUUCAACGUAUCCGAAAUAUUUAUGUUUUUAUGCAGGAGUGAAAGGUGCAUCAAGUCACUUAAUGAGUGUGUUGUGAAUUACGAUAAGUAUUGGUACAAACAAAUUUAAAUGUAGUAAAAAUCCAAAAGAAUACUAAUAUAAUCAAAAUCAGCGUACAAACGCAAAGAAAGCAAGACUUAAAAAAAAAUCCAAAACCUCUAACCGCGAUGAAGUUGAGGGAAAGUACUGGAGAGGCAGCGUUUUACUACGCUGUUCUGCUAACAGUGAAUGUAACGUUGACGGCAAUGGUGCUAAUGGCGGCGUGUCUCUGGUGCAGGCGCCAACCUACAAAAGAUGAGCUGGGAGGAUUAGAAGGAAUGGUCAAAAUGACUAACCCAGAUGACAUAAUGGAAGUUAAGGUGUUAGCAAAUAGUGAAUCGCAAACGGACCUAAAUACUUCUGCUGUUUCAACUAGUGAUUCAGAGAAACGAGCAAGCACUGCAGCUCAUCGAAGUCUACCAGACAUACCAAUUGUAGAAGGUAAUGGCGAUAAUGGAUCCGAACUCUACGAGACUGUGGCGGAUAAGAACCAUUUAGUUGAGGAAAACGACCAAAACCAAAGUCCUGCACCCAGUUUGAAGAAACAAAUAAGCGUAUCUCAACACAGUUCCAUAAGCCAAGCAGAUGACAUUAGUUCGCCCUAUUCCAGGGUUAGGAAUCCACCUCAUGACUAUGCCAAAGUUCGCAACGCGGAACACCCCUAUGCCCAGGUAAACCCACCGUCAACUUCCGCGGCAGCUGCUGCAGCAGCCAUAGUGGCUGCUGGUAAUAGUAAUAGUAACGCCAUUCACAGUAGUCAGCCUCCUCAGCUUAAUGGCACAGUUUCGCGUAACUCAAAUCACAGCAGUGCUUCACAAAAUCUUAACGAUUCAAUAUCUCACGCUGAAAUCCCAGCUGCGUCGGCUAUAGCCGGAAUGAUCUCAGCCAGUCAAGAUCUUCCUUAUAUGACGCCGCCUAUAAUAAGUCAACACUUUAGUGGCGAUUCACAAGAUUCUUCAAAAGGUUACACUAGUAUCAGCGUUCGAGAGCCCCUAGCCAAUAUACUAGCUCAGCAACCUCCGAAACAAUCGCAGCGAGUAGCAGCUUUGACCCGUGAAACAAAUGAUUCACACUAUGCGACUGUGUCUGAUGAUUCAGAUGAAACUUAUGCAGCUAUCGAGGAUCCGAAUAUUCGCAACAAUCCAAAUGUCCUAACUGACAUUUACACAAGCGGCUCGGAGACAUAUGCACAAAUCCAGCCCAUGCAAUCUAACUCUAUGGUGGUAUCGGUGGAAAUUAAUAACAUAACCAGUAACGCUAAUCCGAAUUCUAAUGAAGCACAUAUUAAAAAAGCCCAAUCAGCAGACAAUACAGCGAUUACAGCGUCUGCAUCAAACCAACAUCAUCAACAAACCACAUUUGGUAGUCAGAGCCAUUCUAGGCCUAUUUCUGAACAUGUUACCCCGAUACCACCACCUGUAGACAGCUUGCGCACACAAAAGCACUCCAGACAGGCGUCCUCGUCAUCAAACAACAGUUCUUCAAUCUGUACAUUAGGUUCACCAAAACCAGAAAAACGCCAAGCUAACUCUCCACUACCACCAACUCCCAAAUCGAACAUUACCUCAGGUCGAAGUUCGGUUAUAUCUGUCAUUGAAUGUGGCGGCGGUACUGGAGAUAUAAAUAUAAGCGGGAUUUUAGCAGCGAUGUCGAAUACAGUAGUCAUCGCUUCAACCGCAUCAACUAAUGCAGUCGACGGCUCACCGCAAAAGAAUAAAACCAAAAGUCUAAGUCCGUCCAAAGAUAUCGAAGGAAUGUACGCCAAGGUUAGCACCGAAUUUAAUCUAUUUCAAAUUACUCAAUAUAGAAUUAGUGACGCGUUGUCAAUUUGUUUUAUAAACAUAACCAAAUUUCAGGUGAUGAAGAAAAACAAAUUGUCGCAGCACUCAGCUUCCUCUCAAAACAGCUCUCCAGUAAUGGCCCGUAAAAUUGGUGAUCACCUCGGGAUUAGUCCACUGGACAUGGCGGCGGCAGAGCUAAUGGAGUUGAAUCGCGCUAACGUAUUUUCGAUUCAAAAUCCCUCCGGUGAUAAAAGUCGCAUCCGCAGCAACAGUUAUGGUGCCAAGGAUCAUGGUUAUGAAACAAUACCUGCGGAUGGAUUACACCGAUCAUCGGCUUUAGAAAAUCGAAAAUCGGAUUGCUAUAGCAGUAUAUUGCAUAAAGAACGGCCAAAAGAGAUGUUACACAUAACCAGUCCGUCUUCAGCAAAAAUAAAACCACCGAUAGGGUCAGACCUAAGUAGUGACAAACAUUAUGAGACUAUUGCCGUGCCGCUUGAUACAACGAACAACAGCGAUCCCGGCUAUGAAACCCUAGAGAAGCCAACCAAACCAAAUCAUUCACAAAUAGAUAACGGGAAGAAAUUUUCUGACUAUGAUCCCAAUUACGAAGUGCUUGAGGGUCCGAAGUCGACUGGCCUUUCCGAUGAUGGCUAUGCUAAAAUCAACGAAAGAAAGCCUUUGGCCGUCGACGAAGAUUCUACUGAUGGCUAUAGCAAAGUAAAAGGUGAAGAAAUCGAAGAAGGAGCCACAGGUGGUUACAGUAUAAUUGCAACCGAUGCCAAUCACAACUAUGCCAGCAUCGCCGAAUCGAAAGCUGAAAUAAUUAGCGCCACCCCAGAUACCGAAGACUCGGAUCACUAUGCUCGCAUUGCUGAAGCACCGCGAAUACCGCAAUCUGCCUCUGAACUGCCACUCAGCAAUACCCAACAUUCAUCAACGGCAAAGCUUGAGGUGAGCGUUAUUUCUACUGGCACGCAUGAUACUCUAGCGAUCACCUCACCUUCAUCGGUCAACUCAUCCUCAUUGCUAGCCAACAGCUCCACAUUGUCAUCCACCAACGCGCUAACCGGCAGCAGCAGCACAGCCAGCUCGAUGAGUUCACGACAAACUCCAUCGACAUCUUCGCAAUAUGAAUCGCUUACAGGCAGCGAAGCGGAUCCCAAUUACGAAACCGUCUGCUAUACAAACACAGAAAAUGAAAAUCCAUACGAGAGGCUACAGACCGAAUACUCCGAUACACAACUGAGCAGCAGUAGUCCCCUAACGCCAGACGAGCUGCGUAUACAUACACACAAUGCUACAGCAAGAAUAAUCGAUGCCGGCAGCCCAAGCGCCUCGUCGACAGCAGCAACAGCAACAAACUCCAAUUCAACAGUAUUGUUAAAGUCGACAGGGAAUGGGCUAACGCCAAAAACGGGACACGAGAUACCAAGAGCAAAAAUGCAAAGUACCAGUGAACUGAAUUCCACAGAUGUAGUAGUCGAUGAUUACUUUCAAGUUUAGUAAAUUAAUUAGAGUUUAAUUGAGCUAUAAGCAAAUAUUUUUUAGUAACAAAUAAAUAUGUUAAUAUAUUUAUUAUUAUACUAUGUUAAGAUUAUAUGGGAGUGCUCCCAUACGUAUACCACGCGAACGCACUAAGUUCUUCCAAAUGGAUGUGACAGCAAAGCUGAUGCCACUGCACGACACAUUUCAAACACUUGUUUGUUGUUUUAGUGUAGUAUUGUAAAUGCCAGCAGUACAUAUCAUUGAGUAUGACGCUACUGCCUCAAUUUUGGCAUUUAUUUUAAAAAACGAAGGAGCAGAAGGCUCUUCUAGCAUUCAACCACAAAUAAAUCACACUUUGCGAAAUAUUCCCGAACUAUAUACAUAUAAACGCAGUCGCUUGGCUGUGCGUUAAAUAUUUUGUAAAAUCAUGUCAAACGUCCGUCGGCUCAAUCUUUGGCUGAAGCCCAAGCUGACAAUAUGUAAAUAUAAAAUAAGUAUAUUUUUUAAUAUUUUCACUCUUGCACACGUCUACGUAAGCAUGUUAAAAUAUAAAUCAUUAAAAUGUAGCUUUACAUAUGUGCAUAUGUAUGUUAUUAUUUAUUCAUAGACAAAUUAAACAUUGUAAAAAAUCGUCACGUGUCACACUUAACCAUUUAAUGCAACUAUAUAUUUCUAUAUACCUAUAGCAUAGGCAAACGACCGCAGAAAUUAUUAAAUAUAACAACAGCCAAAAUGUGAAAGUAAUUCGAACAGUAAUACGGUACGCCAAUCGCCAAGCGACAAAGCAAGGUGUAAUUAAGAUUAAGAUCUAAACAAAUUAGUUUAGUACAAUUACUGCAAAUGAUGCGACUUCAAUUGAAUGUUUUAAACAUUAGCAUUUAAUCAUUUGUGUAUUUAAGAAGCGGCUUACCAAUGUAAUACUUGAGUUUAUAGCACAAUUUAUUAUUUGUAUAAUUUUUAAGAAAUGUCUAUUCUUUUAUACUUUUGUAUUGUUUACUGUUUUCUUCCUUUGGUAUUUGUGCAAAUUAAUAUAUGUAAUUUGUAUAGUUAAUAAAACGUGUUUAUACUUGGAAAAAUUCUCCAUUGCUACAUA